GCAUCUGUUUGUCCAUUUUCUUCAUUUUCUCACAACUCCACUACUUCCAUUAACUCCAUUUCUUCUCUGCCGUUUUCCCCUUCUUUCUUCAUCCAGAAACAAUCACCUAGAUUUUCAACUCAAACUGGAUCUUAGUGGCACCAGUAAAGUUGCGUGGUUGUUUCAUAUUUGGAUAGGAUCGUUUAGUAUUUAUUUUUCUCGAUUUUUCAAUCUUUCUUUCUCUUGGUUUGUUCAAAAUCCCAACUUGUGAAAUGGGUGGUGAGCAUCCGGAGUGGCUACCCGCCGAUUGGGAGGUCCGCGUCAAACGCCGGAGCUCUGGAAAGAAAGACAAGUAUUACAUUCAUCCCUCAAUUGGCCUCACGUUCAACUCGAAGCCAGAGGUUCUUCGGCAUCUGAAAGAUCUCAAGAGUUCCAUAAAAACGUCAAAACACAAAGAGAUAAAUAAGGUUAACAUCAAAAAGGCCGUGGCAGAAAACUUACCUCCAGGGUGGAUUAAAGAAAUCAGGAGGAAAAAGACUAGAGGCAAGAUCCGGACAGACACGUAUUACACCGAUCCUAUUAGUGGCCGUCUAUUUCGCUCCAUGCAAGAAGUUUAUCGCCAUCUUAAAUCCAAGGAUUCAGUAGAGGUGGAGUCCAAACCAGAUGACAAAGGUUGCACGAGCAUGGAGUUGGUGGAUCAUUCUCCAUCUUCGCCUGCCAAAGCUAAAGGACAGAGGCCGGUUGGCAAGAAAGGAGAUAAAAAUAUGACUGGUGGAGAAAGGAUAAAGUCAGGACCUGAUGCUGCUGCACUGAAAACCAUAGUAAAGCCUCUUGUAGAGGAAAGCUGUAGAGAAGAUGAUUCUGGGACUGAGAAACUUCAAUAUAAGCUACCGCAAGAAAAUGGCAACGAACAACACAAUGUUGGAAGAAGACUGCGUGGGAGAUUUGUUUACAAUAAACUAAAACUUGACACUGAAGGAGAUGCCUUACGGUCAGGCUCAACAAUUGCUGCUGAGAACAAUUUGAAUAUCCCGGAAACUAACGGUUCAGAACAAAGAGAAAAAGAGAAGAAUCACAAGGAAGAUAGUCAGCAGCGUGAAGAUCUAGCGCGUCAAAAUAAGAACAAAAACACAAAAAGGAAAUGGAUGAGCAAUUUACCUCGUAGAACUUCAAAGAGACUUGCUCAUUUGGAAGCCAAUCAACCAGCGGAGGUAAAGAGCAGCGCCAAGGAUGAGGCUUCAGCUAGAGUAUCAAGCAAAGAAGAAAUGGAUUCCAUCAAAAAUGAUGGUACAUCUGUGCAAUCUAAUGAGCCAGAGAUGGAUACCUCUGUAAAAAUUGGUACAGCAGACUCAGACAAGCAAUGUAUAACAGAGAAUCCGACCAAUGAUGAGCAGAAAGAAACCAUUCCUUGCGAAAAUAUUUCUCCUGAAAAGCACAAAAGCACUGGAGCCGUCUGCCACAAAGAUCAAAAGGAUGAAAAACAUCUGGACGCCUCUAUGAAGGACCUAUUAAUGGAUCCGUGCAUCGAGUUUGCAAUCAAAACUCUGACCGGUGCUAUACCAAUUGAAGAUUUGAACAAAGUUGAUGAGAAUCCAGUAUCUUCCUUGGCGUCAACUGAUCAGACGCCAGGCUGCUCGUCUCUGUUUCCUUGUGGUGAUAUCUGGUCUGAUCCUUGCUUUGAAUUCGCUGUGAAGACACUGACAGGCGAAAUGCCCAGUGAGGAUGGAGUGCGGUUUCAGAUUUCGUACAAGAACCCUGCGAGUUCAUUGCCGAAGAUCAGGGUAGACAGUGUGUGUCCAUCCAACUACUCGGAUGCUAAGCAACGAGGUGUGUAGGCGGAUGGAACUCAGGUCAAUCUGGGCCUGAGCGACGGGCUCGAAGGGCUUUAGGGAUGUAGUGGUGGGGUAUCUUAUCACUGACUUGUAUGAUGGAGUUUUAAGUCUCCAUCUUGUUGUGACUUUGUGCAUUGGCAUUUCAAGUGCUGUAAACUUGUAACUUAGUGCUAGAUUUCUUUAACUCAACAGAUUUACCUAACUAUAUGUAGAAACACACUUUUCUUA